AUGGAUAUUGCCAUCCAUGAGGUCACGCAGGCGGCAGCAGAGGUAUUGAGCAGCAAGGUGGCGGACCAUGAGGCGCACCUUUGUGCGUCGGAGCUCGUGCGCUUCAUCUUGGACCACGAGCACUCGAUGUACCAAGAGCAAGCAAGGUCAACCAAAGGUGAGGACUGCCAAGAGCUCCGUGUCCAGGUGGACGGGUGCUGGGUGAAGGUGGAGGGUGAAAUGCCGAAGGGUGCUGACCCCAGCACUCUUGUCGACCUGAUGAAGGUUAAAGGCACCGAGCGGCCAUUGCACUAUGCCAAGACCUCCCUCCACGGCAUCCUCGCCGCGUUGCCUCUGAUUCUCGAGGGCAAGAGCGACUAUCGGGCCUCUCACGCGGUACAUGUGCAAUGGCUGAAGGACAACAGUCAUCGCCAGGAGGCGGAGGUCACGGCAGAGUUCGCAGACCUUCCGCGUGAGGAGAUGUAUAAGGACUUGGCGAUGUCCAACUCGGUCCGCUUGAAACUCCUGGAGUUUCCGUGCCUUGCCCAGCAUGAGACGCUGGCAGGCGGAGGAUACCUUACGGCCGAGGACGUCGAGCUGGGUGCCUAUCCACCCGCAUGGGACGAUGUCAUUGAACUCAUCCUGGACCUACAGCCCUUGCCAGCCACGUACGAAAGCGUACGAGCUGUAGUGCGGGAAAUUCGGAUGGGGCAAUAG